UAUGUGGGUGGAAAACUCGUAGAAAUUCUUGGACUGCACAACAAUACAUUUAAAACAAUGGAAAAACCUAAUGGAAUACACUAUAUUGAUCUUUCUAACAAUUUCAUACGCUUUGACGCCGUCAGCCAGCUAACAAAUGUCUUCUUCGACGACUCCAACAAGCAGAUUUUUGCAGUCCGCUCGGGCGGGGCCACGGGCGUGGUGGUUAAGGGCCCCGUGGAGGAUACUGUGAUAACGUUUUGCAUGAGUGAUCGUGGAGGCGCUAUACGCUCCAUUAAAUUCUCGCCGGACAAUCAAAUUCUGGCCGUGCAACGCAAGGAAAACGCGGUAGAGUUUGUUUUCUUUCAGGGCGAACAGCCGCUGUUGCAGGACAUCAUAACGCAUCAGGUCAAAACGCUGAUCUAUGGCUUCGUUUGGGUGCACAAUCGCGAGCUGGCGCUCAUAUCGAACACUGGCGUGGAAAUCUUUCAAAUUCUGCCCGAGAAGCGACAGGUGCGCUCGGUAAAGGCGCUGAGCAUAAGCAUCAAAUGGUUUGCCUGGUGCUGUGAUGCCAAUGUCGCGCUGCUGUGCACCACAGAGGGCAACACCCUGGUGCCUGUGCUGGUAAAGCAAAAGGUCAUUACCAAGCUGCCCAAAGUGGACUUGGGCAAUCCAGGUCGCGAGGUGCAGGAGAGCAAAGUAACGUUGGGUAGAGUAUAUGGAGUGCUGGCCGUGCUCAUACUGCAAUCAAACAGCGCCUCGGGCAUGAUGGAGGUCGAAGUGCAUCUGUUAAAUGGGCCUGGUCUGGCGCCUCGCAAAUGCCAUGUGCUGCGUCUCAGCCUUAUUGGGCGUUUUGCCAUUAACACUGUGGACAACCUGAUAGUGGUACAUCACCAGGCCACUGCGACAUCGCUGCUCUUCGAUAUUGCGCUCAGCGGUGAGGUGAUCGAUGAUGUGACCUACCAUGCGCCCAUUACGCCAGGACGCUCCAUUAAACCAUUUGGACUCAAGCUGCCCUCGCUCUCCCCUGAUGGCCAAAUUCUGCAGUGCGAGCUUUAUUCUACCAACUGGGUACUCUUCCAGCCUAAUAUUGUGAUUGAUGCCAAACUGGGCUGUAUGUGGUAUUUAAAUCUAUCCAUUGAACCACUCUGCAGUCUUAUCUCGGACCGCAUACGUCUCACUGAGUUUCUGCUGCAGCGCAGCAGUGGCAAACAGAUGUUGUUGAAGGUGGUGGGACAGCUGAUGGACGAUCAGUACAAGGGCACGCUGCUGCCCGUGCUGGAGACCAUCUUUGAUAAGAUCAACAAGAUUUAUUCCUCCUGGGUGCAGUUGGAGCUUCAGAAUCAAACGGCGCUGCCCUCCAAUGUGAAGAGCACAAUAGCUAAGAACUCAACGCCGCCCAUUGUGCUCAUCGAGCAAUCGGACAUGGUGCAAAUCUUUCAGCCCAUUACCAAGCGAACGUACACGGAAACUGUGCUAAUGCUGUACCUGCAAUCCCUAAACAAAUACAACAUUUCCGCUCAGGAGGAGCUGAGCAAAAUGGUCAUCAGCGAGCUAAUACGCAAUCGUAGCUUUGAUACGCUGCGCCGCCUGGUCAGCUACUCCAUGCUGCUGGAGUCCAAGUCUGUUGCGUGCUUUUUGCUAGCGCACUCCGAUGUCAACUCGGCCAUUUCACAGGUGGCCAUUGAUAUGCUGGGCAAAAUUCAAGCCCAUGAGAUCAUAAUUGAGGUCAUGCUGGGCCAGGGCAAGGUCAUAGAUGCGCUGCGGCUGGCCAAAAACUCGCUGGGCUUAGAAAAGGUGCCGGCGCGCAAGUUCCUCGAGGCGGCCUACAAAACGCAAGAUGAUUUGAUCUUCCACAGCGUCUACCGAUUCUUUCAGAUGCGCAAUUUGCGCAUGUACGAGACUCUGGCGUUUCCCAAAGCCGAACAAUGCACCGAGUUUAUACAGCACUAUAACACUACAUUUGCCGCGGAUAGUGCCAACAAGUUGCAGAUUAGCUGAGCCCUUUCGGGUUUGUUCAGUUUAUUUUGUGAUUUAGCUAAUAAUUGAUUGGGGUAUUCACACUUGAGUCUACAAAUAGCCUAAGCUUGUAAUUAAAUUAGAAUAAACAAAAUAACU